ACUUUUCGCACGUCCAAGUGAGCCAUGGAACCGUCGUCUGGAUUUGCCGGUCCCUUUGAGACUCAAGUCUUCUCUCUCCACAGAGGGCUCCAGAGGCGCCCACAGCAAAAGACAAACUUGCCUGGCUCAUUGGUGGGAGAAGCAGCCCUGCUAGGUGGGAGCUGAAAGAUCGCCAGAGUGCGCUGCGGGUUUCUUUCCCCUUCCCUUUUUUUUUUUAACCCUUCCCGGAGCGGAGGAACUGGAUCAUGCCAAGGAGCUGGGGCACUAACUGCCCUGGGCACCAAAACUUUGCGCAGAGCGUGGGCUUGACUGGGCAGAGCCCAAUCGUCUGGCUAACCUGUCAAGCGACGUGGGUAAGGGGGCAGACAGUCUCUUCAGCAUCUCAGGUUUCCAGCCCAGGGGCUAGAAAGGAGACAGUGCAGUAGCAGGAGUGGAGCUGUCCCUUCAGAACCACAGACCUUAAAGCUUGGGCGUUAGAAAGGCGGAGGCGGGGCAACAGGCGGGGAGCUGUCCUUUCAGCACCGCAAACCCUUGCCCUUCGAUGAAACCACCGGCCCCCGCCCCAGGACUCCUGUCUUUUCUCCAGUUUGAGCGGGGGUGUGGGGAGCAGGCGGAGAGCUUUCCUGGGAGGCUGGGAAAGCGGUGAACACUCUUCUCAGCGACUCGCCUCCCAGCAGUGCUAUUUUUUGCCAUCCGCCCUCACCCCCAGCACACGCGCUCGCACACACACACACACACACACACACACACGCACGCACGCGCACACACACAGACCUCUCUGGAUUUCUUUGCCUUGAGUCUCCCGGGGCUGUGAGGAGCCAGGCGCAUCUCAACCCAAGCUGGCAGCUCCAGGCACCGGAGCCAUGUCCUGCACGGACCGUCAUCCUUGCCAAGCUUGUAAGGAAUGAAAGGAACCCAGGGACCCUCAGCAGGCAGCAGUGAUGUGGACCCCCCUGGAGUCUACACCCUUCCGAGGGCCAUAGGCGACCCAGGGAACUGGAGAGAGCUCCAGACAGGAAAUCCUAGCUCUCCCAAAGUCCUGGUGGAUGCUGACAAAAGGAGACCCGAAUUGGAAGAUCCUGCCCUAGGUUACCCAGCUGCAGAGUGAUUUUCCCCUCUGGCACUGACCCUCUCCCUCAAACUCCCAGCUGUCCAGGGUACCAUGAAGAAUUAUGAGGAUGUGUGACAGAGGUAUCCAGAUGUUGAUCACUACUGUAGGAGCUUUUGCAGCGUUUAGUUUAAUGACCAUUGCAGUGGGCACGGACUACUGGUUAUAUUCCAGAGGUGUGUGCAGGACUAAAUCUACAAGUGAUAAUGAAACCAGCAGGAAGAAUGAAGAAGUCAUGACCCAUUCCGGGCUAUGGAGAACCUGCUGCCUAGAAGGGGCUUUUCGAGGAGUGUGCAAGAAAAUUGAUCACUUCCCUGAAGAUGCUGACUAUGAACAGGACACGGCAGAAUAUUUACUGAGGGCUGUGAGGGCCUCCAGCGUCUUCCCCAUCCUCAGCGUCACGCUGCUGUUCUUCGGUGGGCUCUGUGUGGCAGCCAGCGAGUUCCACCGCAGCAGACACAAUGUGAUACUCAGCGCGGGCAUCUUUUUUGUCUCUGCAGGGUUAAGCAACAUUAUCGGCAUCAUAGUCUAUAUAUCAGCCAAUGCUGGAGACCCUGGACAGCGUGACUCCAAAAAAAGCUACUCCUAUGGGUGGUCCUUUUAUUUUGGAGCCUUCUCGUUCAUCAUCGCGGAGAUCGUGGGGGUUGUUGCUGUGCACAUCUAUAUUGAAAAACAUCAGCAGCUACGUGCCAAAUCCCAUUCGGAGUUCCUGAAGAAAUCUACUUUUGCCCGCCUUCCACCCUAUAGGUAUCGAUUCCGGAGGCGAUCAAGCUCCCGCUCCACAGAACCCAGGUCCCGAGACCUGUCCCCCAUCAGCAAAGGCUUCCAUACCAUCCCUUCCACCGACAUUUCAAUGUUCACCCUCUCCCGGGACCCCUCAAAGAUCACCAUGGGGACCCUCCUCAAUUCCGACCGGGACCACGCUUUUCUACAGUUCCACAACUCCACUCCCAAAGAGUUCAAAGAGUCACUGCAUAAUAAUCCGGCCAGCAGGCGCACCACACCCGUCUGAACUGACCUCUGAUCUCUGCCCCUUGCCCAGCACAACCUUGGGGGAAGUGUCCAGAGAUGUCUCUGAGGUUGCAUGGCAUGGUCCUAGUGAUGGUGUUACUUUUUAUCAAGAAUGAAACCAAAUGGACUCAGCCCUCUCCCACUCUUUGCCCCCUACCCUCCAACUCCUAGCCUCUCCGUUCCCGUUUCAAACCAAACCUAUAAUAUCAUUUCUCUCGCUGUGUAUUGUACCAGAUUUUUUUUUCUUCCUUGUUUUCAGGGAGGACCUCCACUUCUUUCCUCCUUGGGAGAGGACUUUACUAAAAGUCAUGGGUGGUGGCCAGAGGGAGCAGGGGGAUUCUUCCAACAGAUAAGUCAUAGUUGUUCCCAUUGUCCAACUACACAAAUCCUCAGGAAACCAACCAUCUAGGUGAUCCUGAGGGAGGUAUUCACCUCUACAUGUUAGAAAAACAUGACCGGAAAUCAAAGAUGUCAGAACCCCAAAGCAGCUAAUGUAAUAAGCACUCAUGUUAUUAAAGGUUUUGCCUUGUUGUAACCAAC